UGGAAUUAACGGUUUCUGUGUGGAUCAAAAUAGAAACCUAACGAGGUUUCCACUGACAGAUUCUUUGAGACAUCUAGAUUUGGUGACUGACCAGCUUAGGAACACUGUCUCUUUUCUACCUGACAAAGAUACUGAAAAUAACAAAUUAUUGGUAUGUCUAUCCUCAAGAAACUUAUCUGCUUUGGGAGGUGAAAAUAAUCAUGCACAAUUUUUGAACAAGAAACUCAAAUCCAGCAAACCCAGUCACAUUGUAUCUCUGCCCACAUCCAUGCCUGGAAUUUCUGAGGAAGUCCAUACAGAAACCAACUCAUUUGAGUCCUUGCAAAGGGUGGCUACAGAAAACCAAAAUAUCUCCACAACUGAAAGGCAAGACAUAAAGGAAGAAAAGAGGGGACUGUUUUCUUUUGUCUCCUCAAAAAAGCAAUUGCUUCAAGCUGAGAACUGCUCUUCCAAAGGUGAAUAUGAUACAAUUUUCAUUAGUGAUGAGGGUCUCCCACCAACCGAUGAGGAAACCCUGUCAGAAAUACUGUCUCCCAUUGAUGAAGUAUUGUCCUAUGGAAGUGCUGACUUGUCAUCCUCUACUAAAAAAGAUUUGUCAUUUCCAAGCGAAGAUCUUCCUCCUCCCCCUUCAGGUGCAGAUGCAAUGAAAAAUGAUGAUUCUAGCUUCAGUGUGGAUGGUUUCCCAUCUCCACCGGAACAAAUGACAGUCUUGGAGACUAGACAGUGUAUGGAUGAAGACGUAUCACUGAAAAUGGACACAUUACCCCCAUUACCUGAUAACAUCGUGCCUGAGGAAUCUCCCCUCCUCAGUCAAGAGACAACUGAUAUUUUUUCAACACAGGAUGUUACAAUCUCAGAGCAAUCUUUAGUUGAAGGUAUUCCUGGUGCAAAGGAGAGCUUAUCAGAAAACCAACAAGGAGAACAUGAGACACCUAUCCAGCAUGCAGAGUUUCUGCCUGUGUCAAAUGCUGCUUCUAGUCAGGCCAAGGAAAGUCUUGAUUUCACAAAGCAGCAAUGCAAAACGUACUUAGCACUGCCCAAAGCUGAGGAUGACAGUGACGACCCAUUGUCAUCAUUUGAAAUUGGGGACAGAGUGUUAGUAAAGCAGACCCAACCUGGAACCCUCAUGUUCAAAGGACAGACUUAUUUUGAUAGUGGCCACUGGGCUGGUGUUGCACUUGACAAAGCUGAAGGUGAUAAUGCUGGCACUUACAAAGGGGUGAAGUAUUUUGAGUGUGCUCAGCACUGUGGUGUCUUUGUCAGACCUGAUGAGAUCUCUCACCUGUUGGGGGCUAAGGAAAAUGAUUCCAGUUACAGUGGGGAUGAAGACUCUGACUCCUCCUAUGAUGAUGAAUCCUUCAAAGGAGACCGCAAAUAUUCUGAAGGUGAUGAGCAGAGAGCAGGGUUUACAGAAGAGAAAGCAGAAGACACAAACAGUGUGGGAGGAUCAGAAGUGAAAGAAACCCAGGCUGGGUUACACGCUGCAUUGCUGUCUGGAAAAGGACAAAAGUUUCCACAUUGUGACCAGUGUAAUGAAAUCCUUCAUCAAAAUAACAUAACACGCUUGGGAUCAGAAAAACCAGAACCAACACAAAUAAAACAAAGGACACUUGCAAAUGUGCUUCCAAUGAAAAGUAAGACUGGUAACACAGAUGAGGGAAACACAAGCAAAAAUAUUUGUAGCUUGGUAGAGGAUCAGAAAAGGAAUAAACUUGCUGGUGAUAUUGCAAGUGAAUGUGAUAAAAAACUUCUGCUUGAUAUUUUAAUUGCAUUUUCUGAACCAGCUCAACACAAAUAUAAAAGUGCCUUUGAAAAAGACAUGGUGAAUUAUGGCAGAGGCCUAAAACAAGAAGACUCUCAUAAACUGUUUCUCCUCAAAGAAAACUCAGUUUCUAUCUUAUCCGAACCAUCAGCAAAGGUUUCCGAUGUCUUGCUGUGUGACUCUGACAUGCGUAGCGUUCACAGUUGUCACACAGUAGCAGAGAGAAUUGCAACUCAAUUUGUAGACGAUGCAGUUAAAGAAUAUAAGAAGAUUAAAAGAAAACAUGGCUUAAAAGCAGACAAGAUAUUUCCUUUAUUUCCAGAGGCUUCUCCAGUCGCUUUGCCAGUUAUACUUGAUUUGACCCGUGAGUUGCUAUGUGCAGAAUAUCAAGUGACUGCAAAUCCAAAUGCAUUUCCGUGGAUGAGAGAAAGUUCCAGGCAUCUUUGCAGAAGAGCAGAUGUCAGUGAUGUCAAGAUUCAGGAACUCUGCAAAGAAGAAUCUCAAUGGACUUACUAUGAUGAUGAUGAAUUAACUGUGAAGAUGAGAAUGACUGAAGACAUAUUUGGUAGCUUGAUCCUCGAUACCAUCAGAGUUCUUAACAAGAUCUAUCUGAAAAAGCCCGUGAUUCUAAGAUUUCCUUAAAAGAUUUUUAAGGAAUUUUUAUCUCUGAUUUUUAAAAUAUUUCUGUUUUUUAGGCAAGGAAUGCAGGAUUUCAGAAUUUUAGUUCUGACCUUGUGCCAAAUACCAGUGGAGCAUUGGCCUAAUUUGUGUGUUUACAACAAAAGGAUGCAGAGACUUAAGCAGAUAGAAAAAUAUUACCCAAAAUAUUCUCCUUGUGUUUUGUGCUUUGGAAAUGCUCCUUAGGGUCAGUGAUCAUCUUUGAUGUCA